GAUCUGGGAAAUGGCGAGUUCUUAAUUGAGGUUGCAAAUCAACAGGAUAAGGAGCCACUGAUAAAAGAAGGCUUCGACUUCCAUGUGUCUUGUUAUCAACCUCAAGACAAGUUUACUGUUGUCAGCAUUUCUAUUUUGCGUUCUUAUAUCGAGGACGAUGAAUUUAAAAAGAUGCUAAGUCAGUAUGGUGAAAUAAAGAGAGAAGUAAUUCGUUUGAAAGAUAAAGCUGAUCUUGCUUUUGCGGGUUUAGAAAAUGGAAAUCGUUUAGUCAAGGUGCUUUGGAAAAGAAAACGAUCCCGUACUCGUUACGAAUCGGCGAUGAUUGGUGCCGCAUAA